AUGGCCGACCUCUCCACCCUCCGCGAAGUCAUCCUCCCCACACUAUUCUCCUGGAAAUCCCUCGCCAUUGUCCUCGCCUUACUCAAUCUCAAGAACAUUCCUUUCUCGUGGCACAUCCGCCUCCUAACCCACCUCCUCCUCAACCUCCGCCGCUCCCCGACCUCCCCACCCUUCCCAACCUGUCCCCCAUCACCAACCCUCACCAGCAAGAACCAAAAGAACAUCCAAACCCAUCCAAUCUUCCACCCGCACACACUCACCACGCGCACCUCCCUCUGGGAAACCGACUACAACUUCCACAAAUCCAACAGCACGUAUUUCUCCGAUCUGGACAUCUCCCGCACAGCCAUCGUGACAAGGGUAUACACACCGGGUUUGGCGCUCGUGAGCUUGGAAUUCGACCACGAGUUGAAGAACGGGAAGGAUGAGAAUGCCAAGGUCAAUGUGGGGAAGAAGGUGUAUGUCGCGCUGGGAUCGACCUUUACUAGCUUUAAGAGGGAGAUUGGGCCGUUGCAGAGGUAUCGCGUGUUGAGUCGCGUGGUGGGAUGGGAUCGGAAGUGGGUUUAUGUGUUGUCUGCUUUUGUGGGGAUGGGUUCGGGAAAUGGGAAGAGUGGAGGGAAGGCGAAUGGGAAGGUGUUUGCUACGGCUGUGAGCAAGUAUGUGGUUAAGAAGGGGUGGGUUACUGUGCCGCCGGAGAGGGUGUUGAGGGCGAGUGGGAUGUUGCCGGAGAGGAGUGUUGGUGAUGGGGAGGGUGAGGAUGGAGUGGUGGUUGAGGAGGAGGAAGAGGGGACGGUGGAGGGGAUUGUAGAGGGGGUGGGAGAGGUGUUGAGUAAGGAUGACAAUGAUGCUACAGGACAAGGGGUAUCGGAUUGGACGUGGGAAAUGAUCGAAGAGGAGAGGGUUAGAGGGAUGAAGAUUGUCGAGGGAUAUGUGGGGUUGGAUGAGAAGUUGUUGGCCGAGUGGGAAUAG